AUGAAGUUCUCACACAGCAUCCAGUUCAACUCCGUUCCGGAUUGGAGUGACAGCUAUAUUGCGUAUAGCAAUUUGAAGAAACUGAUAUACACUCUUGAAAAACAGGUGAAUCAACCCGAGCACGAAAAUGGACAACUCGAGUCUGCCCCUCUCCUCGACAGGAGUAUUGAUACAGAUGCCAUAUUCCGCCGUGCCCUAGAUGGAGAGUUGGAGAAGAUAUGCUCUUUCUACCGCACAAAGGAAACAGAUUUGUAUCAGGAGGUGGAGGAUAUCACACAGGAGCUGGAAUCGUUCGCCCGGGAUAGCAUAGGAAUCGACAUGGAACCCGUUGCUCAUUCACUCGUCAAGUCACGAACAUUGAGCUUUGGUGGCAGAAAUCGCCGGCGUAGUGAGGCAUCUCGCCAUGCUACCCUUACCCAACAUCGCUCAAGUACCAUCAGUGAACCCUCUGGGCCUGAGGGGGAUGCUGAUAGUGAUGACUCGGAAGAUAACAUGGACAUGGCUGAGUUCCCACAGAGGAGGAUAAGGAGACAUUCUGCCUCGUCAAGAGAUUGGACAAGGGAACCACGGCCCCAGGAGGACUUGUUGAACAGCGAGCUUAUGGAUUCACGGUUUAUGGGGGUAGCGCAUGAUCCUGAGCACACUGCGAUCUAUGACGUUGGCGUAUCAUUGAAGAAACGAAUAAUCGGCAUAUAUGUUUCCCUAUGUGAGCUCAAGUCAUUUAUCCAGCUUAACCGUACUGGAUUCUCAAAGGCUUUGAAGAAAUAUGACAAAACACUUGACAGGAAUUUGAGAAGGCAGUACAUGGAUUCCACUGUCCUAGUGGCCAUGCCGUUCACAGAUCCGACAAUCGCCAAGCUUGAUAACACCAUCGCCAGAGUCGAGAGGCUAUACGCUGGGUUUGUUACGGAUGGUGAUUUGGGUCUGUCUAGACGGGAGCUUCGUCUCCAUCUACGCGAGCAUGUCGUCUGGGAACGAAAUACCGUAUGGCGGGAGAUGAUCGGUAUAGAAAGGAAGACUCAGGCUGCAAACAUGGGAAUACGCAGAACACUGCUCGGAGGAGAGCAGGAUAUGGAAAGGGCUCAACGGCAGGGUGAUGAGCAAGAAGCAAGCAUAAAGGAGUUCAUAACCCCCGUGGGACGGUGCCCUGUCCCAGCGUGGCUUCUAUCGUCUACCUUUGCGACACUAGUUGCUAUCCUUAUUACAUUCGGCGUUAUGCUUGUGGUGCCAAUCAUGAAGAAGCCCGAACAGCAAAACUGCCUGGCAAUGCUGGUGUUUGUCAGUUUGCUAUGGGCUACCGAGGUGAUACCGCUUUUCGUGACAUCGAUCCUUGUCCCCUUCCUUACUGUCACACUGGGGAUCAUGCGUUCAGAAGAAGACCACACUAGACUUGGCGCGAAAGAGGCUACAGGUGCUGUCUUUGCAGCAAUGUGGACGCCGGUCAUCAUGCUUCUCCUAGGAGGCUUUACAAUUGCCGCCGCUCUAUCGAAACAUGAUAUUGCACGCAGAAUGGCUACAUUUGUGCUAAGCAAAGCGGGUACCAAGCCAAAAACUGUGCUCCUGACGAACAUGUUUGUUGGCAUGUUUUUGAGUAUGUGGAUUAGCAACGUUGCUGCUCCAGUGCUUUGCUUUUCUAUCAUUCAACCGAUGCUUCGAAACCUACCGACCGAUUCCCGGUUCUCAAAAGCUGUAAUCCUAGGCAUCGCCCUGGCUUCUAACAUUGGAGGUGCUGCAUCUCCAAUUGCAUCGCCACAGAACAUCAUUGCAUUGCAGAACAUGGAUCCUGCCAUCAGCUGGGGCACUUGGUUCUUCAUUGCCCUACCAAUCUGCAUUCUCUCAAUUCUGGGCAUCUGGGUCCUUCUCCUUAUCACUUUCAACCCCAGCCGAGGAACAACCAUAGUCCCUAUCCGUUCCGUCAAGGACAAGUUCACCGGUAUCCAAUGGUUCAUCACCAUCGUCACUGUCGGCACCAUCUGCUUAUGGUGCGUCAGCCAUCAGCUUGAAAGCACCUUUGGAGACAUGGGCGUCAUCGCCAUCCUCCCUCUAGUUCUGUUUUUUGGCACAGGAAUUCUCACAAAAGAAGACUUUAACAACUUCCUCUGGACUAUUAUCAUUCUGGCAUCAGGUGGUCUCUGUCUCGGGAAGGCGGUCACGUCUUCCGGACUGCUACAUACCAUCGCCCGCUCUAUAACAAGCAGCGUGGCUGGGUUGAGCCUGUACGGCGUCCUCUUUGUCUUUGCGGCGUUGAUUCUAGUGGUGGCAACUUUCAUCUCCCAUACUGUGGCGGCGUUGAUUCUCCUACCCCUUGUCAAAGAAGUGGGUAUUGGAAUGAACGAGCCACAUCCUAACCUCCUAGUGAUGGGAAGUGCAUUGAUGUGUUCUGUGGCUAUGGGCCUCCCCACAAGCGGCUUCCCCAAUAUGAGUAAGUUUUCGUUCCAUGUCCGUGUUGGAGAAAUCCCUAUCUAA